UGACGGUUGAAAAUUGUGGCGGUGUCGCUAUAUUUGUUAUUAAAAAAAUAUAUAUCUGUGAAGGAUGUAAGGAAUUAGUUAGAAAAGCAGGAAAUAAUAAAUGAAAACGAAUUUUGCAUAAAAUCAAAAUGAAUGUUUAAAAUUUUUGGAUAUGUGUUAGCAUAUGGCUGAAAUGUAUUUGAACAAGUGGCAUUCGAGUAUAAUUCCUCGGAUAUAUAAGUAAAAGAAAGCGAAAGCCUUCGCAGCAUCCCUUUUUAUUUUUGGUUAUUCUACAUCUUUUUCGUUCUCGCAUUUUGUGUGCCUUUGUGUUGUGAAGCGUUCGACGUCCUUGUUGAUAGAAGAGUUGCUCUGAGAAUUAUCAGGCGCUGCAAAGUGUGUGAAAAGUGAUGCAAAAGACGCGGGAAGUGGUAUUGGUGUUUGAUGGGGGCGUGGAGCACUACAACAAGAAAAGUAAAAAUAAAAUAUAAGUGUACAAUAGCAAGAAAUUGAAAGUAAAUCGGGUGAAAAACCAAGUCGCGUCAUUUAGUCGCCGUCGUUCCCCUACGCAAACUGCAGUUGCGCGUCCGCCAUCGAUAGUACAUGUAUAUGUAUACGUAUUUUGCCACCGGCUCCACGACGCCGUUUCACUUAUUGUCACCAUAAGUGGUUAAGGAACUUUUUUUCGCAGAUGCUUGGUGCUACAAACAGUUGAAACAGUCAUUAAUUAGGCAGUUGAGUUACCGAAUGCCGGUUAUGUAGAUAUAGCAGUGCAAAUAUCUUCUAAAAUUUUUUUAGAACGGCUUUUGUUUUAUUGAUUACGCUGUUGAUGCUGCUGUCAUUGUGGUAUUACCCUGCAGCAAUUUUUAAAAUUGCCGCUUGCCGCUGGAUUCUCUGCCAAAGUGGAUUAGUGCGGACUGCUGCCUGUAAAAACGAAAGCUGAUGAGGAAUAUAUAGGGAUCAUCUGGCAUGAACCGCGGAGACAAAAGUGAAAGAGCUGAACUUCUUGCUAACUCGAAGAAAAUGUUUCGCCUUUAAAAGCAAAUAGGUAUUUGCACUGUAUUUUCAAUGCGUACAACUGCACUCAGCUAGAAGAAAAUAUACAUAAAAUAAUACAAAAAUCCGACAUUAGCACUUUGGAUAACAUCUUCAGUAUUUGAGAUUAAACGAAAUUUGUGCCCGGAGUAGGUGCCGGGCAGUGCUGGAGAUGUUGGAACGUCGUCCCUUAUGGGGAUUAAUAGUGCUGCUGAAUGUAUGCGUCGUGAUAUGGCGAAUGCAGGAACCGGCUAUGCUUAAUGUCGAAUACGAUGGCAGUGCUGCAGAAAGCGCACAUCAACAACAACAACAUCAAGAACGGACAUCUUGGGCGCAAGCUAUAGUGUCGCGUAAUUCCAUAACAGAACAACAACAGCUAUAUGCUGGUAAGCAUUUACUGGCCGAUAGCGCCGAAGCGAAUGAAAUUGAAGUAACGCAUAAAUCGGAUGAUAGUCUUCACAUUAGCGGCUACGGUAGUAGUUCUAGUACCACUAGUCGUAAGAGUCAUAAAAAUAAACAACAAAUAAUUAAGCAAAAUACACCAAGCUUAAGUGUAAGCUCUGUUAAAAGUACACUCUCACCACUAGUCACUGCAGCUACACUAAAAAACACUGCAGAUAUACAAACAACGACGACGGGCGAUAUGAGAAUAUACAAUUUUCCACCGGAUGACUUUCAUCAACUAAUUGACCUGCACGAUUUCACAUACCUUAUAAGCCAAAAUGGCUGUAGUAGGGAUAUACAGGCUCUUAUAUUGGUACAUUCAGCGCCGGCCAAUGAGGAGAAGCGGCGCCUUAUACGUGAGACCUGGGGCAACACCGAUUUACUGCCGCGCAUUAACGGUGUCAUGCCAUUUCGGAUAAUCUUUCUAUUGGGUACGGUCCAUACCGAAGCACAACAGUUAGAUAUUGAACGUGAAAAUUUCGAAAAUGGUGAUAUGGUGCAGGGCUCAUUUGUGGAUAGCUAUCGCAAUAUGACUUAUAAGCAUGUAAUGGCUUUCAAAUGGUUUCUAUACAACUGUGCACAUGCGCAAAUUCUGAUCAAAGUCGAUGACGAUGUCUACGUGAAUACGCCACAAUUGCUCAUCUCUCUAGAGCGUACGCUAUUGAACGAUGAUUUGGGAAAUGGAGGGAUGCCUACUGCUGUAGUCACUGCUGCCACGUCUAUGCAACAUACGGCCUAUAGCACCGAUAUUGAAAAUAAUAGUAUGGAAAAUAGUAGUAGUAGUAGUAGUAGUAAUAGUAACAGUAGUGCUAAUGUACGAAGAGCCUCCGAUCUUAAUGCCAAUACCAAGGCCAUGACUAAUACUACAGAUUUAAGUGCUGGUCAAAUUUUAUUCCGUCAUCCGCAAGAUUUGCUUUUUUGUAAAACGAACAUUAAUGCUAAAGUAAAGCGUAGUUUUCGAUCAAAAUGGCGUGUUACCGCAAAAGAAUAUCCCGGUAGAUAUUAUCCGCCAUACUGUCCAGGAUUUGCUAUUAUAUAUUCACCAGAUGUGGCGUUUGCUUUAUAUAAUGCCGCACAGGUGUCCAAAUAUUUUUGGAUCGAUGACGUUCUCAUAACUGGAAUUUUGGCACAGAAUAUAAGCGUCACCAUAACGAAUGCCAAUCAAUACAUACUCUACGAAUCUGAUUGUGACAAUUUGCUUAAUGAUGUGGUAAAUAGUGAGGAUGUGGAAUUCAUAUACGCUUGGGAUCUGAUAAGUCCGAAGCAAAUGCAAAAAGUGUGGGAACUUUAUCUGGCAAAGGCGAAAAUACACUUCUCUAGAGCUCCAACAUUAACAUCAGCAUUGUCAUUGCUGCAUGCGGCCAAAAAGUUACCGUACAAUCCGACUGAUUUAAAUAAAUUUAAGACCCACAGAUAGUAACAUUAAAGCUUUGUGCAUAAAAAGCUUUCCAAAAUUUCAUGACACAACCUAUUGACGCACAUUUGCCAUACAUGAAAGCACACAUACUUAAAAUUCAUACAAAUGUACAUACACACAAUACUUAUACAUACAAACUGACAUGCAAACAUGCGGAUGGUAAUAAUUAUAAGUUAAGAUUUUUAAGAAACUUCUUUUAAAUUUUGUUUUUAACGUUGGACAACGUCUAUUAGCUGCUAAAGACUUUUAUCUGAUUUUUGUUUGCUCAAUAAUAAUGAGAAUCAACUAUUGUUGCGCAGAGUAGGAAGUGCCUAAACGAUGAUGCUUCCUCACAGAACGGGCAAUUCAUUAAGCCCAUUAAGUCAGUGCUUCAGUGCGGUGUAGUGCCCGGUCGUCAUCAGCUAACUUAUCUAACGAUAGGUCUAGCAGCUCACCUGAGCUUUUGUGACUCAUAGCUCUUAGAUGAGCGCGAUAUAGUCUUCUCUUUCAGCCAGAUGGAGUUUGAGUGCAGCCGAGGCCGUCUCACUGUGGUGGAGAUUGCUCGUGAAAUACUAGAACGGCCACUCAUUUGAAUUUAAAAUGCGUGAUAGUUUAUAUAUCGACUGAUAACUUUAACAUACUAUAUAGAAUCACGUGUAUUGUGCAGAGACAGGUCCUUAGCUCUUGUAAGUGCAGUCAGACCAAUCGAGUGAAUAUUUGGUUUACCCGUUACAAUGCAAUGUCAUACGUAACGGACAUGAUCAUACUUAUGUAUAUGAAAAAAAAAAUGAAAUAUCGAUCUACAUUCUGGAAAUAAAAAAGAAAUUUUUAUUUUUAUUUUUAUUUUAUUUUAUAAAGGUUUACAUAACAAUAAAAUUAUUAUACAAACUACAAGUAGUGCAGCGCUAGCAUCGGAGGCUUUCGGCUGUCAGGUUGAUUAUGGCUCGAUUAGAUCCGACGAAGUAGAUCAGUAUCUUUGAGAUAGUUAUAUAAUAUAGAUAUGUUGGCUUCGGUUGGAUUUUUUAAUAUUUCAAGAGGGCCAAUGUUUCGAAAGUAAUGAUGUUUAGUCGAUGGAAGGUUAGGGCAUGAAGGCAUAAUGUGAUUUAUACUCAGGGUGGAGUUGCAAAACGGGCAUAGAUUGGGUGGAAUGCCUUGAAGUAUAUGGGCGUGUGUAAUUAUUGUGUGGCCUAGUCGAAGGCUUAGGUGUGACCAUAUUCGUUGGGAUUCACUCACUAAAACCUGGUUUUACACGCUUAGGAUUAACUAAGGAGUAGGGAUGGUUAUAAUUACUCCACUCGCGUAGGAGGUCACUUUGCCUUUGGUGUUUUAUGAGGCUGUAGAUGUCAUGUUUAAAGAUGAUAUUGGUUGUAAUGGUAGGGGUGAUUCUCAUUUGUUUUACAAUUUGGUCAGCAUGUGUAUUACCAUUAAUAUCUGCGUGGCCAGGAAUCCACAUAUGUAAUUUUGAUUUUUUGUGGCUUGGUAGUUAGUGUCUCUCUUAUAAAAUCAAUUAUGUAGUUAGAGUUGUUGUAGUUCUGGAUGGCCGAAAAGCACGAUAAGCUAUCAGUGCACACUAUGAAUUUGCCCUUGUUUUGGAUUGCAUACAAAAAAGCGUUAAAAAUUGCAACUGCUUCUGCUGUAAAGAUAGAGCAGAAUGGGAAUAAGAGCCCAUAAGUUAUUUAUAUUUUAAGUUUCCAGCAAAAACACAAUAAGUUUCCGAAAAGCACGAUAAGCUAUCAGUGCACACUAUGAAUUUGCCCUUGUUUUGGAUUGCAUACAAAAAAGCGUUAAAAAUUGCAACUGCUUCUGCUGUAAAGAUAGAGCAGAAUGGGAAUAAGAGCCCAUAAGUUAUUUAUAUUUUAAGUUUCCAGCAAAAACACAAAACUCAAUCAUUAUUCUCGAGCAAACAAAGAUUUAAUAAUUUUUUAAUUUUUUUUGUGGUAACGGUAAAGAAUUAAAAAUCCGUUACGGAGCGCAGCAAGAGAGACAAAAUUAAAUUUGUCCUUAUUUAUUUUUGAAAGUAUUUUACGGCAUUUGAAAGAUGUUGAUUCUUUAGAUAAAAUUAAAAGACAAAAAAUGUUUAGUCUUCUUUCUUAAACAAUUAAAUAUACCUGCGUGCAUUAUUUUACUUUGCUUCUUUAAAUUGUAUAAGAAAAUGUGCUUUAGUUAGAUUAAAGUAUUCGAAAUGUAUGAAAGUGGAGCGUAAAUAUAAAGAAAACCAUGUAAAAAGCAAAUAAAUUGUCCUAUCCUCUAAGUAUUAGUAAUCAUUGUGCACAAAUUUUCAUAUCUACAUACAUACAUACUUACAAAUUUAUGUAUAUACUUAAAUAUACAAUACAUAUAGUGCAAAUGUUUAGCAUCAAAAAUAUAAUUAUCUGUAAAAUGUAAAUUUUCUGAAUUGUGCAAACAUCAAAAUUUAAUAAGUGGCCUGGUGUGAGAAAUUAUAUAUGGCUGGAAUUAUUGAUUCUAGCCAUUAACUAUUUUGAGUGGGUUACUUUAUUUUUGUACGUUACUUAAGUGAAUGUGUUUUAGUAAAAUAUUUACGUUAUUUUAAUUACAAUGUUUGUAACAUAUCGAUAACUGAAUUGAAAUUAAAAUUGCGAAUAAUAGACAAUUUUUUAUUAAUUUGGUUCACUUAAACACAAAGUAGUUAUUUUCUAAAUUACAAAGUCAAAAAUCUUACUGACAAGAUCGGCAAGUCUGUUAGAUCAUAAAUUUUUUGAGACGUAAUAAAAAAAUACAAUAAUAAUAAUACAUUUUUUAAUACAAAUUUUAAUA